AUGCAUCCUGCACGCCAGGUCGUAUUCCGCAUCUUCUACAGUACCUCGUUCACCGUCGUCUUCCUCCUGGUAACCGUCGUCAUAUGCGUUACCCCGGCCGACGCCCUCUAUGAGUCCUACAAGCGCGAGCGCCUGCUCGACAUCUUUUUGCUGGCUGGCGACUAUGUCGUCACUGCGCUGAUCGCAUCACUUAUCUACGCAGCUCGCAUAUACACGAACCGCUUGGCUCUCAAGGAUAUCCCCAAGACAUUUAUGCCUAUUGAAAAGGAGGAUCUCCCUGGUCGCCGUGUUCAUAAGCUGAUUGAAGAUUGUCUCAAACGCAGCGCCGUCAUAGCAUACCAUGCUCGACCACGGAGUACACGGCUUGAACAUGAGAGCUCUGCGCUCGUCCCUAUGACGAGGACAGGUUCGCUCGGGCUUACGAGUACGAAUGAGACUCAUGAGCCGACAUGGGGCAAGAUUGAGCAUCCGGGAUGGUGCUCACCGGCCGCAACUGAACACCCUGGACUGGAGUAUGCGACCGUUAUUGACGAGUUGAUUGACCUUGUCGAAGCGAAAGCUGUGAGUCUGGCGCCUGUUGAUCCUCUGGGCGAGACGGGCCCCGACGGAAUCCCACUGCCAGAUCCGAGGGUUAUUGACGAACUUACACGUCUUGAGACGAUGGGUAUGCGUCAAUACUUGCGGCAUUUGAUCGAACUCGGCGUCGUACCCGACACCAGUUUGACUGUUGCCUUUCUAGCCACCUACGAACGAGCAAGAUUUUCGUCUCGACCACUUUCGGAUGACGAAUUUCAAAGCUUAAUGCGCAUGUUUGCUGAAUUAUUAAGGAACAUGGCACCUGUGGACUUGGACACGCUUGAUAUUGAGUCCGUAUACUCAUCGUCUGUAACCGCAUCAGAGCCAGAAGGUGCGGGUCUAAUCCGCCCCUCUCAAAUAGAGCACGACCCACGUCGGCGCUUGUCAGAUUCCACAGCUCCCUCUGCAGCAUCGACAUUCUCAACGCACGGUUCUGUUCGACGCCUCCCACACCCACCUAGGCGUGUAUCUGAGGAUUCCGCUCCAUCAUUGUCCUCUGCCGACCGGAAGUAUUCGGACGAAGACACUGAAGAUGACGAUGAUACGGACAGUCGAUCGCUACGCACUGCACCAACCAGAGUCACAUCCGCUCGGUCCAGACGACGCCUCACCUCAAGGUCGCGAAUGGUAUCUGCGCGGUCGAGACAAACGCCGAGUCUGCGGAGCGCCAAUUCUGUUGGCUCAUUCCGGUCAAGAAGCUCAGACAGAUCGGGCUUGAGUCCUAGACGCACGCGUACCCGCUCUUCGAAUGGCAGCGUUAUCCGAUUGACCAGACCUAACGACCACUCGGAUUUGCCGUUCAUCAUACGAGCGCCAACGCAAUGA